AUGGGAUCCUUAGAUACACGAUCAAGACUUCCCCCUGUUCUUGACUUAUCAGCGUUCAGAGGGCAAGAUGUGGCACUGAAGAAGGAGUUUCUGGACGCUCUGGGUGAGGCAUGUAGGGAUAAGGGAUUCUUCCAACUCACCAACCAUGGUGUUGACCCUGAUCUCCAACAAAAGAUAUUUUCUGCCGCUAAAGAGCUCUUCAGUCUCCCGCUGGAGGAGAAGCUGAAAGCGAAACUCAUCCCUGGCAAAAGUGGACGAGGCUAUGAGAUGAUAGGAGGCCAGAUGCUCGAGCCUGGUACCGCUCCCGAUACGAAAGAAGGCAUCUAUUUGGGGGAAGACCUGUCUCUGGACCAUCCCAAUGUUGUCAACGGUGAAUAUGGGUGUAGUCCGAACAUUUACCCUGCUGUACUCGGUGCACAAUGGCACGAUACAUGCAUGGAGUAUUUCAAGGCUAUGAAGACCUUGGCCCGAGAUGUGAUGCGCGCCCUAGCCGCCGCUCUCGCCAUCCCUGAAGAUUACUUUGAUCACUUCACCGAGUCCAGCCCAGCGGCUAUUCUUCGCUUGGUGCACUACCCUCCGACGCCGAGGACAUCAGAUAAGGAGCGUGGCUGUGGCGCACACCGUGACUUUGGAUGUAUAACGCUCCUGCUGCAAGACCGAGUCGGAGGCUUGCAAGUCCAGGACGAGGGGACGGGUGAAUAUCUCGAUAUCACGCCCAUUCCGGGGGCUUAUGUGGUCAACCUCGGUAAUCUUAUGGCUCGUUGGACGAAUCAUCACUAUACUUCGAACACCCAUCGUGUGCUGAAUUUCUCACCUACAGAUCGGUAUUCUAUCCCCUUCUUCUAUAGCGGAAAUCCAAACCACGUGCUGGAAACGAUCCGAGGACUCGAGCAGCGACCACAGCGGGCCUUCACGAGGGUUUACGGCCCUGUCAUUCCGGAGGCACCAUAUGGCCCUAUCUCGGUAAAGGAUUUCCUCCAGGAGCAGUUUAUCCGGUCCUAUAAACGGGCUGAAGAGUAUAAGCCAUCAGUAAUCUUGGACCCUGUUGCUUGA